AUGCCCCGCGCGGCGGUUGCCAUGGCAGCGGGACGCGGUGAUGGCGGCGGCCCCGCAGCUCUGUACGCGUGGUUGGAUUCGGUGCCUCUGUCCAGGCCCCGCAGGAACCUGGCGAGAGACUUCAGUGAUGGAGUGCUGGCAGCAGAGCUCGUCAAGUUCUUCCUGCCCUCACUGGUGCAGCUCCACAGUUACGUCCCUGCCUGCUCCAGUGCACAGAAGUUCGCCAACUGGGGGCACCUCAACCGGACGGUGCUGAGCCGGCUGGACCUGUGCCUGCCGCAGGAUGUGAUCCGGCAGCUGGUGCAGAGCCAGCCGGGAGCAGCCGAGCGGGUCCUGGUGCUGCUGCGGAGCCGGAUCCAGGAGCGGCUGAGGCAGAACAUGGAUCCGGGUGUCCCGGCAGCACCAGGAGAGCUCAGUUACAUGGAUACAGGGAACUCCAAGGCAGGAGAUGGGAGCACCCAGGAGUCUCCCAAGGAUGCAGGGGCUCAGAAGCAGAAGGCAGAGCUGGAGCAGGCGCUGCUCCUGGCACAGGAAACCAUCCAGAUCCUACAGCUGAAGGUGAGGAGGUUGGAGGAGCUCCUGCGCCUCAAGGAUGUGCGGAUCGAUGACCUGAGCCGGAUGCUGCAGGAGGCCCAGCGGCGCUGAGCCCAGUGCUUCCCAGUGCUUCCCAGUGCUUCCCAGUGCU